AUGAUCACGAUCGAGGCAGAGGCGCCCAUCCUCCCCUCUUCUUCAAACGGAGAGAGCUCUAAGACGCCGUCCAAUAAUUUGCGCAUUCUUCUCACAGAGCCUUCGGAAUCCGAAGCGGGUCCCUCCGAACAACGCACCACAUAUUACACACAACCCGACUUCGACGACUGGCCCCUCCCUCCACUACCUAUGCCCCCCGUGGGCGCUCUCGACGGGAAAAGAAAAGCACCGAACAAGCCACCUUCUCCCACACGCACUCCGCCUCCGCCUCCGGUCCCUGGGCCGUCUGGCUCCGGCGAAGAAGAAUCCAAAGAGGAGCCAAGUGAGAAAGAACCAGAUACCAAGGGUAAAGGGAAAGAGAAGGUCGAGGAGCCACCCGAACCCGUCGAAGAAGAGGAUGAAAAUGCAUGGAUGCGCUAUCCCCCUCCGAAUUGUCUGUGGCAGGCCCCUCACGUCAUUUCUGAGACGAUCCUCAACCUCGUAGGCACAUCCAUAGAGAACGUCCGCGCACGAGCUACUGAGGUCGAGAAGGCAAGACAAGAAGAGGAGGGGGCCCAACAGAGACGGACGGAAGAAGAAGCUGCCGAAGCUGCAAAGCAGAAGCAAAAGGAAAGCUUAAAUGGAAAGGAUGGGGAGUACUACCUGCCGAUCAUCAUUCCCCCGGAGGUCCCAAUCCCGAAGCAUUCGUUCGAUGUCGAAAGGCUGCCCGGUGUGGACUCCGCAAGGUCGAGCUCCGAUAUGAGCGGCUCGAGUCGCGAUCCGGCACUUGGGCCGUCCAGCGGGCACAGACGACACAAGCAUAAAUUAGCUCGCAUCCUGAACCGUAUGGGCGCUAGCGAGAGGGCGGAAUCGAGCGCUAUGGGCGCCGCAAAAAUCUUCCAUCGUCGGUCGGGGCAGCAUGACGUCGAGACGCAGAGCAUCAAGAGCACAAAGGACACGAGAUUGCGGCAACUCACUGCCAUCGCGGCGCUGCUUCAGAAGAAGCGGCCGCAGGGGAGUUUUAUCGUACAUUCAGUCAGGGGUCCGGGCGCCGGUCCCCCUUCGCGCACCGUCUCGGGAAAGGGCAAAGGCAAAGCGAAUGAAAGUGAAGCUCGAGAUCCGACGGAGGAAGAAGCCGCCGGUGGAGAGGACGAGACCGCUGAGAGUCCGACCACAAUUGAAUGCAUAUCCUGCUUCGACGACUGCCUCCCCAGCGAAAUGAUCAAAGGCCCCUGCCACAGCUACUGCCGCGACUGCUUCACCCGCCUCAUCUCCACCGCCGUCCAAAACGAACAACAAUGGCCCCCCAAAUGCUGCCUCAACGAAAUCCCCUUCCAAACAAUUUACCAAUACAUCCAGUCCGACCUGCGCACCACCUUCGAGACCCGCGCCCUCGAAUGGCGCACCCCCAUCGGCGACCGCAUCUACUGCCACGACCCCGAAUGCGCCGUCUGGAUCCCGCCCGAUCGCGUCGACGGGCGGACCUCGACGGCGCGCUGUCCCGCGGGCCACGAGACCUGUUCUUUCUGUCGCGGGGAGGCGCAUGAAGGGACGGAUUGUCCGCAGGAUGCGGACCUGGCGAGGACGAAUGAACUUGCUGAGGAGGAGGGGUGGAAGAGGUGUGCGCAGUGUCAUGCGCUGGUGGAGCAUAGGGAGGCGUGUCAGCAUAUGACGUGUCGGUGCGGAUACCAGUUCUGCUACGUUUGCGUGCGGGUGUGGAGGACGUGUACCUGUACGGUGCAGCAGUUGAACGAACUCAAGGCGCAGGCGGCGAGUAGAAGGGAGGCGAGGCUUGCGAGGGAGGCGGAGGAACAGACGGAGCUGACGGAGGCGUUGAGGCGGAUCGAGCAAUUGGAGCUUGAGGAGGCGCUGGAGGCCAUUAAGCAGAGUAUGGAGCGCGAGCGACAAGAGUCCGACAGGAGGAAGGUGGAGAUCACAGCGCUUAUCCACCAGGAAGACGCGAGGCGGCAGGAAGUCCGCGAGAAGUUUUCUAACCUGCGAGACAUCCUCUCCGAUCUGCACGAUAAGCAGCGCGAUCUGCUCGCCUUCGAAGCAGACCGCGACCUCGAAGCCCUCGAGGCCGAACGCACUUCUGUUCUCGAAAAGGCGCGCGAGGAUAGCAAGGCUGAGAUGGCGGACUUUGAUGCCCUGGGACUGGCGCGUGUCGCUGAUUUGGAGGUGACGCUCACGAGGGAGUACGCGGCGCGCGUGGAGCUCGAACGAGCCGUUGAGGACGAAUAUCACGCGCGUCUCAUGUCCUUCUACACCUCGUGGAAAGAAGCAGGCAUCUCCGCGGGGGACACGGAAGCCGAGGUCGAGAAAUCGAUGCGCGUGCUCCGCAUGCGUCUCGACGCGCAGCACGGCGCCUGGAAAUCGUGGCGCGACGAAGAGCUCGAGAGGGCGCGGUUCGCGGUCGAGGAGGAGCGGGCCAUCAAGGAGGAACUACUAGGCACCCGCCGCCGCCGGAAAGAAGAGGAGUAUCGGAAGAAGGAAAAAGAGUUAAGGGACAGGGCGAAGGCGGGGCCGAAGUGGUUCGCGGCCGUGGCGGCCGAGAGGGUUAGAUUGCUCGAGCAGAUGGAGGCGGAUGAGGUUGAGGCUGGGGAGAGGUUUGAGGGGUAUGAUGCGUUGGAGGUGGCGAUGGUUAGGGAGGCGAUUGAGUGGGGUGGGGAGGUUGGUUCUGUUGGGCGGGAGGGGGAAGGGGAGGGAGAUGAUCCUUUUGUCGAUGCGAGUGAGGGUUGA